AUGGACAGCAUGUUUACUUGUGCCAUCCUGAAAGAGCCUCUCAUGGUGACAAAGACCCCAUUCACCGUCGAACCCAGAGAUGUCACCCUUCUGUUGUGGACUCACCCCUUCGGCCGUUACCGCAGACUGCCGGACUGUGAGGCGCGCUUUGGGAUACGUGGGUGCGUACUGACCGACGACCGACGCAUGUACCCUGGGGCUGACGCCAUCAUCAUACACCACCGUGAGAUAGUGACCAACGCCACGGCGCUCCCGUCAGACCCACGACCCCGUGGCCAGAAGUGGAUCUGGAUGAAUUUUGAGUCCCCGUCUCACACUCGUGGCCUGCGGCGGUUCGAGGGCUUGUUCAACCUCACCAUGACCUACCGUGCAGAUUCAGACAUCUUCCUCCCCUACGGAUACCUUGUGACCCGCCUUCACCCUCACGCCAACGCCCCCCACACACGCCCCCGACGGCCCCACCUACUGGCCUGGGUCAUCAGUAACUGGUCGGAGUCGCAGGCCCGCGUGACGUAUUACCACCGGCUGGUUAACUACGUUGACGUAGAUGUGUUUGGGCGUGCAGGUGUGCCACUACCAGAGGACAGCACUGUUGUGCGCACGGUGAGGCGUUACCUGUUUUAUCUGGCGUUGGAGAACUCCCAGCACACCGACUACAUCACCGAGAAGCUCUGGAACUCCUUACUGGCCGGGGCCGUUCCUGUAGUUCUCGGGCCGCCGCGGGAAAACUACGAACGCUUCCUCCCCCAUGAUGCCUUCAUUCAUGUGGACGACUUCCCCUCUCCCCGCCUGCUCGCCCAAUACCUGAUGCUGCUGCGCCGGAGCCCCGCCCUCCUGCAGAGACACCUGGCCUGGAGGAGGAGCUACAGCGUGCACCUGACCGCCUUCUGGGCGGAGCAUUACUGCACAGCGUGUCGCGUCGUGCGGAACCACAGACUCUCGACUGACACCAUCACCAACCUUCAGCGCUGGUUUGAGUCCUGA